CUGCUAAGUCAGUGUCUGUCCACUUGUUGCAUAGGUAACAGCUGUCUACAAGUUCAAAAAGUGAUGAAAAUUCACGUUCUUGAUUACACCUGGAGUGAAGGGUGGUAUUACAGAUGAUAUUUGCUGGCUCAUGUUUUAGUGAUCUUAUUUGAUUCCGUCCUUGGUUGAUAGGGGGAAAAAAAUGAUUAGCUGAUCUCAUUCUUAGGAAGGUGUUAGCAAAUAAGUGAAGUGGAAGAGUAGGCCUAAUUUAGAACAUAUGUAUUAAGUAGUGAAACAUGUUGUGGAAAAGCACUUCAUCAUCUGUUUUUCUUAAUGUGGAAUCUUCAUUUGAGAAAGUAACUUCUCAGAGCUGCUGUAGGAACUCUAUUGGAUGCUCUGUUGGCACUGAGAUGGUAUACUUAGGAGGUUGGGGCAUGUCAGAGCCCGAAAGUGGGGCUCAUCAAGUUCUUUGCCGAGAGCCUGCUACUGAUGAUGAGGUUGCUCUGUUACCAUUGGGAAAUCAGGUUGGAGGACACACAAGGCUGCUGCUGCUGAAUCAGAGUACAAUUUGCAAGCCACUGAACCCAAGAGAACUGGAUUUUUAUCAGAACAUACCACAUGAUAUCCAGAUGUUUGUCCCUAAGUACAAAGGUGUGAUGCAAGCAACCAGUUCCAUAAAGCUGGAUAAAAAGUAUAGUCCAAGUUUCCGAGAGGACCAACGACCAACGAAGAGGAAGAGAGAUGAUGUGUUAAAGAUGAAGGUACAGCGAAAUAGCAGUCCUGAUGAGGCAGUCAAAUUAGAUAGCUGUAAACAGUGCUUUCUGUUGCUGGAAAAUAUAACGUCUCAGUUUGUACAUCCAUGUGUUCUGGACCUAAAAAUGGGCACUAGGCAACAUGGGGAUGAUGCAUCAGCUGAAAAACGUAGUAAGCAGAUGGCUAAAUGUGCUGCAAGUACCUCUGCAUCACUUGGAGUUCGCCUUUGCGGUAUGCAGGUUUACCAGGCUGAUGCAGAUCAGUAUAUUAAACGUGACAAAUACUGGGGGCGCGAGCUUGAUGAAGAAGGCUUCAAAGGUGCCCUGUACCGCUUCUUCCAUAAUGGGUUCCAUUUGCGAGUUGGCGUGAUACGCAGGGUAUUGACAAGGCUUGCAGAAUUAAGGCGAGCUAUUGAGCAACAAACCAGCUUCCGUUUCUACUCAUGUUCACUUUUGGUUGUAUAUGAGGGAUGUGAGUGGGAACCAGAACCAGAACAUGACAGUUACCUUGAGCUGCCCAGCAGUUGUGAUGAAGUUACACAAGGCUCAUCAUCAGACUGUUGCAGCAUGGAUGCUGAUAUGCCCCUUUCCCUGUCAGAAGCCAGUUCAUCAUCCUGCGAACCAUCAGCACCUUUGCCAGUUCAGAGUUUUGGGGCAGCAGCAGCACGUGGAGCUUCAUCAGGAUUUGUGCCAAUUUCAGAAGACACGGUGUUUCCUGAUGAGAGUGGUGCACACAUGCAACAGAACUCAAAAGUCGAUGUCCGUGUAAUUGACUUUGCACACACAACUUUUGGUCGAAGACAAGGCUCAACAGUUCAUCAGGGACCAGAUUGUGGUUUCUUGACUGGCUUGGAUAGCCUGCGCCGUCUCUUGUUGGAAAUCUUAGCUGAAGGCUAAACUAUUGAUGUAAAAGAAUUAAGUUCACACAGAUCUGGAUAUACAUUGUAUAACAAUAAAAAAUUGGGUAGUCUGCUUCCCUCCCUGAAUUUGUUUUUGCAUAUACUUCUGAGUAACAUGAAAAGUGCAUCAAAGUUUCAUUGUGAUUGAUCAUAUUUCUGCUCUUUGAAAUGAGCUUGAUUGGCACUAAUAUCCAGAUCAAACAAAAUUACUUGAAUCAUUUUUGUUUGUUCAGAGCAAAAUUCCGUGUGCUUCUAUUUCAAAAUAUUGACUCUUGUUUUCUCUGUUAAGUUUCAGUUCCUUUCUAUGUCACAGUUUCAUUAACUGAGCACUUUCAAUAAGAUUUUGAAAGAGCCCAGAAGUUUUUGCAUCAAACUGAUGAAUUACACAAAGGCAUUCUUAGCCGUUGUGAAGACUGCACUUUAAGUACUGUCAUAUAAAAAUUAAUGCAAUAAAAUGUAGGUUGUGUUUGUAAUUUUUCUUGCAUUGUGUGGUGAAUGACUUUUAAUGUCCAGUGUUAGUGAAAUCAACUUAGGAUUGCUUUUUAACUUCACGUAAAACGUUAUUGUGUUGUUUAUCUGAUUUACAGUAGUGUCACUUUCUGUUCAUUUGAAUCUCGUUUUAAAUUUUUACUUUACCUCGUGCAAUUAUAUGUUGUUUCCGCUGUUGUCUGAACUUAUCAUAAAAAAACAUUCCUUUUAUAGAAUGGGCACAUUGGUGAAGUUUAAAGUGUUUGACAAUUUCAGUGAACACAUCCAGAAUGAACAUUGUGUUCAGUACUAAGAUUGUAGUGAAGGAAGUUUGGCAGCAUUUUAGCAAUCAAGUGGUUGCAGGAUUGAAAGUGCUUGCAGUGACUUCUCUUCAGUGUUUAUCAUUAGAACAAGUGAUCUUGUCAAGUAUGAAAUGGAGCAGCAUGAGAGAUACUGCCAAGAAAUUUUAAAUUUCAUCUGAAACUGUUUCUUUAACUGGACUACAUGUGACUUUGAAGAAUAGCUGUUUCUUCUUCUUCUCCUCCCCCCUCCCCUUCCCUCCCCUCCUUAAUUUUAGCUCGACACAGAGUGCUUUCGUGAUGAAACAAUUUCUGUGUGUUUUGUGUGCUAUGAAAAGUACUCUUCCUUCUCUGAUAAGAAGAACUGAGAAAUCUGAAGAGAAAUGAGAGCGUCUGUGUCUUCCAUUACACUAAUUGAGUAGGUAUAAGGACUUCCUGUAUUUUGUACAAAUGCUAUACGAAUAUUAAUUUUGAGGUUUUGACAUUUUCACAUAUAAAUGAUCAUGUUCAUUUCUCAUCAUGGUAGGAAUGUUAUUUUGUUUAAGUUUCUUAUAGUCUAUUAGUAACAGGUUAAAUACAUUUUAUGCUUUAUACUGAGGUACUUAACAUGACAAAAGAAAGAAAAUUUUAUUACAUUGUGCAAGUAAAUUGCUUCAAAUAGUAAACAUUUAUUCAGAUAAGAAAGACAUCACAUAAAAUGGGCUCAAAACAGCACAUCCAAAACGUUAGUGGAAAUAUCACUGGGCAUGUUAUUACAUGUCCUACAGAAUAUAGUCCUUGGCAAAACUGUGUAGCCUACUUUUCCGUAGUAUGAAAAAAGUUUCUUUUGUUCAUGUAUCAGGGCAAUAGGGAGAAAUUACCAUUGACAUCAGUACAGUAUUUGUGGUUCAUGUCUUUUGGUAGUAAUGAUUUAAAAAUAUACAGUAUAGAUUCAGUUUUCGUCCUGUACUUGUUUACAAAAUACAAAACAUUAAAUAUAGCAUAGUUAUUCCCUUACGAGGUAUGCCAUUGUGUCAUAUACAUAGUUUAUUAGCAUUAGCAUUGGGUUGACAUCAGACAAGACUCUGCAAAGGGCAUGCCUAAGAGCUUCAUAACUGUUAUGACCACAGACUGCUCCCGUAAAUUCAUACUUCAGAAAUUUUCUAUGGAUAUUUCUCUCUGCUGUGUCCUGUUAGAUGAAGGUAGACAUUCCUUUUAGUGUGCUGUUUUUGUGCUUAGAACACGAGAGUGUAUAAAGAGUAGAUUUAGCUGAUUAGAAGCUGUACAUAAUACUAUCAGUUAAAGAGCAACCACUUAAAAAAGUCAAGGUGUUGUCUCUCAGAUGUGAAUUAUUGAUGUUUAUUUAUGAUUAGGGAUAUUUUAUGUAUCAAAAACAAAAUGUGCUUCAUUUCUCAAAAGAUGUGAUUAUAAUUUAAAACAAACAAAUUAAUAAUUUCUGGCUAUAUGUACUAAGUAAUUUAAUGUUUACUAUUUCACCUUCCUUUACUUUUCCCCCUUUGUGACAUCAGAAAUGUCCAGUCUGCUUUUGUUACUGUCAGCCAGUCAAUUUUAAGUUCCUGUCUUGCAGUUUCUUGCCCUAUUGUCACAUCUAAUGUACAAAUCAUUGUUAUUGUGCUUGAAUUAGUCUCUUUAAUACUACAUCAACAAUUGACAUUUGGGUGUUAUUGAAUGUUAUACACAAAUAAGAUAAACUAGACUGUAGCACUGGAAAUUUCUGCUGAACUUUUAUUUGGCUUGUAUUACAAAAAGAUGUAUGUGCUAAAAUUUACUUAAGUUCAGGAAUUGUUCCUAGUUAUGUGUGCUGGAAGUAUACUACAUGUGUAAUGUGUCUUAAUACCACUUAGUUUUUUGAACAUUUCUUUUGUGAUCUGAGAACACUUCCUUCAUGAAUUUGCAUUUAUUGUUUGUAGUUAUGAUUUUGAAAUUCUAAAGAGGUUGUAUAGAUUGGUUACUAGAUUAUGUAUAUACAAAUAGUUAACCAGCUGGAUCUGGAACCGCUAUGUUUUCAGAAGGAGCCUUGUUGUGAAUUAUUAUUUUUUUUAAAUCUCGACACAUUUUUGUGUACUGUAUUUACUAAGUAUCUUGUGGUGCUUAAAAUUGUAAUGAUCCUCAUACUUGUUUCAUAUACUUAAUUCCCAUAUUGGGACCACAUUUGAUUGUAAAACUGUUUGUGUGCUCAUCGCUGGAAUAAUAAUAUUAAAUAAUGUCUUUGUGAUACAUGUACUGCAUUUUGUAACUAUCUGUCAUCUACAAAUAUUUGUUUUAUACCGCUUCCCCAUUGUUCCUACAGUAACUCUCAGUGAGUAAGAUAAAUUAUGCUGCAUUAGCAAUGGCUUUAAGAGACUUUAAGUUUCUCACAGAAGUACUGACUAGUGGUAGUAUACAGAUCUUUUUCAUUAUUGUACUAUUAUAAUGCUGUAUAUAUGAUGUAAUGGGCAUUAACCAGUGAUAAUGCAUUGAUCAUGCUGUGAGAAAAAUGUUUACUGACUAUAACCUGUUUAUGGGCACCAUUUGUUGUAAAAAAACAGGAUAAAAGAAAAAGCAACAGCUUGUUCCCAUUUCCCACCUAUGAAACAGAAGUCACUAAUAGUUUUCUUCCUCUGCAACAUAGUAUAGAGGCUGCUUUUAUCAGAACAUGAAUCCUUAAUAUAUUUUUAGAAACAGGAUAUUAAAUUUGUCUGUGUGAGUAUUCUAUGAAAAAACUUGAUUAGUGAUAUUUAAUUAGUUUAGUGUCCCAUAUUGGUUUGUUUUCUCUCAUUUAAAACAUUUAAUAUGUUUUUGAGAAAAAAAAACUGCAUGUUAUCCAGUCUUGUGAACCAGAGGAAUUUGAGGAAAUAUAUCUAGUGCUGUGAUAUUUUACUGCUACAUCAAAUCAGUGAUAAACAACUGAGCACAUUUGUAAUGGUCAUUGUCAGGAUUUUUACCUUGGGCAGUAAUUUGCACUUUUUUUAUUAUUAAAUUUGCUGAUUGUUAGAGUAAAUUAACUGUAAUAGUUGAGUAAGAUAUUUUCAAUAACAAAUAAUACAAAAGUGUUAGUUGCAGAUACAAACAAAUUCGAUGUGAUAGUUUUUUUCCUCCAAGAAACAGAUAACAAUUCAUGUUGAUAUCCCAGAAACAUGAACAUUGUUACGAAGAUCUUUAUUUCUCUUUGUCCAGAUAUGAUUUUUCAAACUUUUAAUAUAUGAUUUCAAUCAUUUAUUAUUACAUGUGUACACAUUAUACAUGCUUCUCAUGCACUGCUUGUCAAAUCUAUAAUUCUAGAAUUUAGAUAAUUAAGUCAUUACAUUCUCAAGUUGAAACAUGAAAGAAUAUGACCACUAUUGUUGGCCACUGUCCAACAUGAUGGACAUUAUUCUAAAAUAAAGCAUUAUAUAAAAAAUUGUGAGCCCAAAAAUGUGUGUUACAGUUUUGAGCUAAGUGACGGAUGUUAUGGUAUAAUAUAAUAAGCCUACAUAAAGUUUCUUUUUGAAAGACUCAAAUCUGGAGCAGUGGCUGUUUCUUUUUCUUCUUGUUCUUCUUCUUCUUCUUCUUCUUCUUCUUUUUAUCAGUGCCCAAACUGUAUUUGUGGUAACAUAUAUUGCCGCCCAAUUGCAAUUCUUUGCAUUUCAUCACUUUGUUCAUGUUGUGUAAUGCAAAGAGGAUUGACUGCAUUUGGAAGGCCUGUGUGCUUGUACCUGCCUACUUUAAGGUAAAUUAUUGUACAUAUAAUUUAAUUUGUGUAUUACAGUAUUGUGUCUGUCCAGUGGAAUGAAUUAAAAGCAAUACAAUAUUUUUCAAAGGUU